AUGGCCUUGAGGAACCAUAGUACCGUCACUGAGUUCAUCCUCCUCGGGCUGUCUGCUGACCCCAAGAUCGAGGCUCUGCUCUUCAUGCUCUUCCUGGGUAUUUAUCUUCUAACUGUGAUGGGGAACUUGAUGCUGCUGCUGGUCAUCAGGGUUGAUUCUCACCUCCACACACCCAUGUACUUCUUCUUGAGUCACCUCUCUUUUGUUGAUGUCUGCUUCUCUUCAGUCACUGUGCCCAAGAUGCUGGAGAACCUGCUGUCUCAGAAGAAAACCAUCUCAGCAAGGGGUUGCCUGGCUCAGACAUUCUUUAUAUUUUUCAGUGGAGGGACUGAAAGUUGUCUGCUCUCAGCAAUGGCCUAUGACCGCUAUGCAGCCAUCUGCCACCCUCUGUUCUAUUGCCAGGUGAUGAGUAAACAGCGGUGUGUGGAGCUUGUAUUGGGCUCAUGGAGCUUAGGCUUUCUGGAUGCAUUCAUCAAUGUCCUUCUAGCUGUGAAAAUGGACUUCUGUGAUGCCUUUAUCAUCCCACACUACAGCUGUGAGUUGCCCUCCAUCUUACAUCUGUCUUGCUCUGAUGUCUCCACUAACUUCAUUGUCAUGUUCUGCUCCACCAUUCCACAUGCACUUAUAACUCUCCUUUCAGUCUUUUUCUCCUAUGCCUACAUCAUCUUCACCAUUCUAAGUAUCACCUCCACCUCUGGCAGAAGCAAGGCCUUCUCCACUUGCUCCUCCCACUUCACUGCAGUGAUCCUCUUCUAUGGGUCAGCUUUGCUCCGCUAUCUCAUGCCAACCUCAGGCUCACCUCAGGAGCUGGUCUUCUCUGUGCAGUAUGGUGUGAUCAUUCCCAUGCUGAACCCCCUCAUCUACAGCCUGAAGAACAAAGAGGUGAAAGCAGCUUUGAGAAGAACUGUAGGAAACUAUUUACAAAGUUUUCAGUGGAAGAAUAAAGAGAGAUAA